AUGUCCUACAACGGAGGUCGAAUAUUGGAAGAAGAAAUUCCCACAUGUGUGGAGGAUGAAGAGUUCUUUGAGGAUAUUCAAGAUGUGUAUGAUCAAUUGUAUGUGCAAUACCUUAAGCAACAAUAUACGUCCAAGGCCCAAAUUUGUGGCAUAGAGGCUGAGAACAAGUCUCUCCUUGAUCAAGUAAGAUUUCUUGAGAGACAGUGUUACGAACUUGUCGAGCCUAAGAACAAUCUUGAUUCAAAAUGUGCCAAACUUGACAAAAAUCUUUGUGAAUCAAUUGAACUAUCUAAUAGACUUCCUCAAAGCAAUGAAAAAUUUGAUAGAAUGUUAUCUAUGAGUAAGAGUGUAGGUGAUAAGCAUGGUAUAUGCUACACAAAUGGAUACACUCACACUUCUUUCAAGACUGUGUUUAGGAAGGGUAUCACUAACCCAUCACCCCCACAAGUAGGCACAAACACUAAAGAUGCUAAUAAAGGCAAGGGUAGGCAUUCAAAGAAUAAAUUUGUUUAUAAAGCCCAAGCCAGUCAUAAAGUGUGUUAUACUUGUGGAGAGCAUGGUCAUCAUGCAAAAUAUUGUAUGAAAAAUAGGGAUGUCUUGAAUAAGAAACUUGUGCAACUAGCUAAUCAAUCCAAAGCCUUGAAUUCUCACGUUUUAAAUUUCUCUAAGCUUUUGGAAAAAUCAUGUGAGUCCAAUCAGAGUCAUGCAUCACCAUCUAAAGGACCACAAGCUAGAGUGCACAAGGCUUCUUCUACCCCCAAGGUGAAGGUUGAUCUACACACUUCCAAGGAGAAGAAAGCUAUUCCUCCACCAAUUUUGCAACCUAACCCAAGUCUUAGGAAGGAAAAACAAGUUUGGGUGACCAAUGAGGACUUUGAGAAACUCACCAUAUCAACCAAGUUAGAGGCCUUGAGUGUUUCUAAUGAAGUCAUAGCUCCUGAGACGUAG